AUGUUGCCGACGCACUGAUCUCCCUUGAUGUCAACAACAUGGCAGCCAAAGAUAUGGUGGUAGCAGCAGGUUUCAUUGUAUUUCGACGGCUAGGUCAACAAAUUGAAUAUUUAGUAAUGAAACACAAAUACGGAGGACACUGGGGGACGCCAAAAGGUCAUGUUGAUCCUGGUGAGUCAGAAUUUGAGACAGCAUUAAGGGAGACUGAAGAAGAAGCUGGUUUAAAGAAAGAAAAUUUUACAAUUUUUGAAAAUUUCAGAUCUGUUCUUCAUUAUGAGGUACGUGGGAAGCCGAAGAAAGUAGUUUACUGGCUCUCAGAACUUACUGAUCCCAAGACUUGUGUCACACUAUCUGAAGAGCACACAGACUAUAAGUGGCUUUCUCUGGAUGAAGCAUGCAGGCUUUUGCAAUUUAAUAAUAUGCAAAAGGCCCUCAGAGAAGCAGAGGAAUUUAUAAAAAACUUGUCCUAAUGCAGUGGUUUGAGGUACCGAACCCACAAGUUUCAUAUGCACAUUCAUCGAACCCUUCUUUAGUGUCAUCACGAAUUGUGGGUAUGUCUUGACCUCCGUGGCGGAGGCUCCGCCGAAUCCCAGAGACCGACUCACCGAACCCCUAGGGUUCGAUCAAACUGUUGUUAAGAACCACUGUCCUAAUGCUUCUGAAGAAUUGCUAUUUUAUUAUGACAAUUUUUUUUCUUUAAUUGACAAGAAAAUAUAUUUUUAUCCUCUUUAUGUACAACAGAAGUUAUCACUACAUCUCCAAGUAGAUGGCUUAUGAAACAUUGCCAUCAUUUCUAGAAUUUUGUAUGUUUGUCGAUUGGCUUUAGUACUCUUAUGAAGCACUGCCAUCAUUUCUAGAAUUUUGUAUGUUUGUUGAUUGACUUUAGUGCUGUGUUUAGUUUUGUAAAGUCGCUUCUCUGAGGUGAUGCAACUGGAAGUAUUAGUUCGUGUACCUGUCUUAUCCAACACCUUUCCUAUCAAUCUUAGUGGGUGCUUCAAAAUUCUGCUGCUCAUGUUCUGAGUGUAAGAAAGCAUGGCUUCUAUGCCAUCCUAAGACAUUGCACUGGCUGCUUGUGUAAGUGUUUGCUGUGUACAGACUAGUUUAAUUUAGUCCUUGUUACUCCUCGAGGAACAUUGGGCUGCAACAACACCUCGCCAGCGGACUAGGUUUUGGGCAGCCCCUUUCGGUUGGGCCCAUGUGGUUCCGAUGUCCUUUGCCUCGCUUUCUAUUGUUCUUUGUGGACAGACAGUUUGUGUCAAAGUUUUUUUUCCUCACAAUGUCUCAGGUAUUCCAACAGAAUUACGCCCAUUCAACACCAUUACUUUUCCUCUGAUCACCACAUUCUCAGCAUUUUGAAGAUGUGAAGUGUUUUGGUGAGCAGGACCUUUCCUGUGCUAUGGAAUGUCUGUGUAAUCUUUGUCACACUAUGUACCACACAUUUUGAAAACGUGUUGUAUACUUUCAGAAGCUCUUUUUCACAUUUUUUAAAAACUGUUGCCCACACUUUUCAUUUGUAUGUGGAGACAUGCCUGCACAUGCAUUUGUGUAUUUUGGUCGGAGCUGACCUCUACACAAGUACCACUGAUUUUAUGUGUGUGAUAGUUGGAACUGACCUAUUAUUAUGUGUAUUGUAGAUUUUCUCACUUUUACCUUGUCUUAAAUUAGUCUUCAUUUGUAAAACACACUGAGCUUAGCUUUGACCCAAGGAACUAUUCUCUACAAGUCUCCUGGUUAUUAUUAUCUGUUAUUCAAAACUACCUGCUUAAACAAUGAUCAGUUUAUAUUUAUCAACUGACUAUGCAGUGCCAAUGGACCAAUGUGAGAUAUAAUUAAAUAGGAAACAAUGAACAAAUCUUGUUAAUUUGUUUAUUGCCAUUUUAAAUGAAAAAAACCCCGUUGAAUGAAAGAAAUGAAAGAUCAAAAACAAAGUGAAGGUACUCAGCUGGUGCACUUGUCAUCCCCUCCAACAGACCAUAUAAUGGACCAAAAAAAUAUUGAAAAAAUGAAAUAUAAAAUGCACAUUAAAACAACAAUGAAAUAAAAUGUUGAAUACCCCACUGAAA